UCUCCCCUCUCUCCUCUCCUCUCUCUCCAUCCUCAUACACACACACACUCUCUCUCUCUUUUCUCCGGUCUUCUUUCUCAAAAAAGCCAUGAAGGCGAUUCUGCGAUCCAUCUUCGCCUCCGCGCCAUCUUUGUAUAAUUUCUAAUUAGUUUUGAAUUUUUUCCCCUGAAUUAUUUUUGUUGUUGUUGUGCGUGGAUGACGAAGACGCCGGAUGAAGACAUUCUUUUGCCCCUCCGGAGUCUCCAAUGUGUAACCCCGGCUCUUCCCGAUGUGAUCCGCACUGAGCGCCGCCGCCAGCCACCAUGUCUCGCCGCAAGCAAGGCAAACCUCAGCACUUAAGUAAACGGGAUUUCUCGCCAGCCGAUCCCCUUUCCACGGCAGUCGUCGUCUCAUCGGAGGAGUUGUCGGAGCGCUGCUCGGAGCACUCGGAGGGGAGCAGCAGCCUCAACGGCCACCGCCCAGGCUCAACCUUAGGCCGGCUAUCGCGACUGGGUCAUGAGCCCCACCACUCGCCGGAACAGGACCUGCUGACCUGCGGCCAGUGCCAGGCCACGUUCCCCUUGGCGGACAUCCUGCUCUUCAUCGAGCACAAGAGGAAGCGAUGCCACGGCCCCCCCUGUCUGACUGUGGGCCGAGGCCUGGACAAGCCCCCCUCCCCCUCGCCGGGCCUGGCCCUGACCCCGUCUCCCGCCUUGAGCUCUCUGCGCAGCCGAAGGCCCGUGGAAGUUGGCAUCCAGGCCACACUGGCGGAUGACGACGACGAGCGCUUCUCGUCGCCUCGUGGAAUCUGCCCCAAACAGGAGCUCCUCCCAGGCAAAGAAGAACCAACAACCUACACGUGCACUACUUGCAAGCAGUCAUAUGGCAGUGCCUGGUUCCUGCUGCAGCACGCCCAGAACUCCCAUGGUUUCCGCAUCUACCUAGAAAGUGAACAUGGCAGUCCUCUCACCCCACGAAUGGGUGGGCCUUCCUCCAUGGGUGGGGGCGCAGAUUGCCCUUCUCAUCCUCCCCUUCACGGCCUCCAUCUGCCUCCCGAUGCAAGCCCUUUCAAUCUCCUCCGAAUCCCAGGCUCAGGCUCAGGGGGAAGGGACAGUGUGGGAGCAGGGAGUACACUUGGGGUUCCUGGUGGGCUCCAUCAUCAGCGUUUUCCUCCCACACCGCCUAUCUUCAGUCCCCCUCCAAGGAACCACCUGGACCCCCACCACCUGAGCCCAGAGGAACUGGCGCUGGCAGCCCACCACCCGAGUGCCUUUGACAGGGUGCUGCGCCUCAAUCCUCCUCUUCCCAUGGAGCCACCUCCAACAAUGGACUUCUCACGGCGGCUACGGGAGCUCGCGGGUAACACCUCAGGGUCCACUCCCCCUCUAUCCCCCAGUCGGCCCGGCCCCAUGCAGCGCUUACUCCAGCCAUUCCAGACAAGUGUGGGAAGCAUAGGCACGGGAGGUGGAGGUGGCAACAAAACUCCAUAUCUUGCCACCCCACCGCCUCUGCCAGGCUCCAUGCAGUCCCCCGUGGGCUCUCAGACCACGCCUCCCACUCCUCUCCCCUCCGCAGGGGCAACACCCUCGUCCAACACGCCGAUGAAAUCCAAGUGUUGCGAGUUUUGUGGCAAAGCGUUCAAGUUUCAGAGCAAUCUAAUCGUGCACCGGCGCAGCCACACAGGAGAAAAGCCGUACAAGUGUCAUUUGUGUGACCAUGCUUGCACACAGGCCAGUAAAUUGAAGCGCCAUAUGAAAACUCACAUGCACAAAUCCUCCUCACCAAACACAGGCAAGUCAGAAGAUGGACUUUCCACUGCCUCCUCUCCAGAACCGGGCACAAGUGAACACAUGGGCAGUGCCAGCAAUGCCCUUAAAUCGGUGGUGGCCAAGCUGAAAUGUGAAAACAACAGAAUGCUGCGUGAAAAUGGAGAGGAGGAAGAGGAGGAAGAGGAAGAAGAGGAGGAAGAGGAGGAGGAGGAGGAGGAAGAGGAAGAAGAAGCAGAGGAGGAGGAAGCACAGAAUGGGGAGAGGGCUGCUCGACGAAACAACAGUUACCACUUUGGCUUGAAUCUUGAGGCCACACGUCAGCAUGAAAACAAUGGAGGUAUCGGAACCCGACUGGGAGGGAUGACUGAUGAGGGCUCCAUUCCACGCUCUCUCCCCGAGGUAAUGCAGGGAAUGGGCCUUGCCGCCAGCAUGCAGCAUUUCAGCGAAGCCCUCAAUGCACACAAAAGGAACGCAAUUGCCCAGGAGAACCACCUCCACCACCACCUGAACAGAGGACAUCCACAAAACCGGGAGAUGUGCGAUUCUAACUCAGUGCAGGAAACAAAUCGCGGCGAGGAGGGCUCGCUCUCAACUGUCAACGGACGCGGAGCAUCCCCUAACGAAUCUGCCUCUGCCUGCCUUUCUAAAAAACUGCUCUUGGGUAGCCCAAGUCCACUCAGUCCUUUUUCCAAGCGCAUCAAGCUGGAAAAAGAAUUUGAUCUGCCCACACCCACAAUCCCGAACACGGAAAACGUCUAUUCGCAGUGGCUCGCUGGCUACGCGGCUUCUCGACAGCUCAAGGAUCCUUUUCUGAACUUUGGGGACUCCAGACAAUCGCCCUUCGCCUCUUCAUCCGAGCAUUCCUCAGAGAACGGGAGUCUGCGAUUCUCCACUCCUCCGGGGGAACUCGAUGGCGGGAUGUCAGGUCGCAGUGGUACGGGAAGCGGGGGCAGCACACCGCAUCUCGGGGGCCCUGGGCGGCCCAGCUCCAAGGACGGCCGAAGGAGUGACACUUGUGAGUACUGCGGCAAGGUAUUCAAGAACUGCAGCAAUCUGACUGUGCACCGGCGCAGCCAUACGGGGGAAAGGCCAUACAAGUGUGAGCUGUGCAAUUACGCCUGUGCCCAGAGCUCCAAACUUACUCGCCACAUGAAGACCCAUGGUCAGGUGGGCAAGGACGUGUACAAGUGUGAAAUCUGUCAGAUGCCCUUCAGUGUCUAUAGCACCUUGGAGAAACACAUGAAAAAAUGGCACAGUGACCGUCCUUUGAGUACCGAAAUAAAGUCAGAGUAGAAGGCCGAACUAUGGGACCUUUUCCCUUGCAGCUGUCUGCCAUUAGCUCCCUGUUUAUUCCAAGACUCUUGCAGUUUUUGCCCCAGCCCCAAAACUCCACUGUCACCAGGCUGGUGGAAAGUUAAGACCAUGUGCUCUGCACCAGCACACCCCGUGUUCAUUACCCAUUGAAUGCAUGAUCUGUAUCGGGGCAAUACUCUUGCAUUGAGGCAAAACUUCGAGCCUUUUUCUUGUGCAAUAAAUUACAUGUUGUGUACUAUUUUAUUUUGGGAGUUUUCCGUUUUCAUUUCUAAGAAUUUGUCAGCAUGCAUGGUAUGUUUUUGUUAAUCAAAAACAAAACAAAAUGAUUAAAAAAAAAAACAAAAGAAAUGGAAAAAAAAAAAGAAAAGAAUUUGUCCCUGGUUGGCUACUUGUUUAGUAAAUGUGUUGCUGUUUUUCUCUUGUUAUGUUUUUUUCUUUUUAAUUCUUCAAAAAGAGAAAAGACAAGAAAGAUACAGUAUACUCAUGCUGCAUAUACCCUGUAACACAUAUCAUGUACAGUUUUGUGUUGUUACAUGGAAAAUGACCCACUUCUGGAACCCCUGGAAAUGCACUUAUCCGGAUCUUUCUAAAAGAUGCCAUGUUCACACAGGGUUUAAAAAGAAAAAAAAAACACUUCAUAAGUUCGAUGAGUAAAUAAAUAGCAAUGGUUUUCAAAUUACAAGAACACAAGGGUGUGCAAAGACUUCAAAUUGUACUAUCAUUUGGUAAAGUAAGAAAGAGUGCCUUUGAUAUUUUAAGACUACAUUGGCCAUAAUCUUAUCUGGAAUACAUUUAUUUGGGGGUCACACUAAGCUGUCGAAACCACAGAGAAAAGGUCCUUGCAUCAAGCACCUGCCUGCCCCAGUGGACUGUGACACCUCAUAAUCAAAGAUUCACUUUCUAGUUAAUGACCAUUUAGCUAUCGGGUACUUGUUCAAUGGGCUUAGCUUCAGUACGUGGAUUUCAUAAGGAGCGUGGUCACGACCAGUGUUGCGGAUAUCGGAAUAGGUGUUGUUCUGUUUCUGAUAAGGAGUUCUUUUCAAGAGUCCGAAAUGGGAAUCUGUAAUGUACAAUCCUGAAUUUGAAGGAUACCCGUAAUAUUUGUCUGAGUUAGCACAAACCUGCAACGCUGCUUUCAUUCGUGGUGUGUUGAACGACACGUUCAGUCAUAGGCGACCUACAAAAGAGACAGGAGAGCACUGAAACUAUCUCGAAGCGAGACAGAGAGAAAGGUACAACAAAUUUAGUACGCGUGAUGGAGAUUAGAGGCGUUGUUUCAAUUCUUCAAAACAGGGUCUGUAACAACGAGUCCAGCAAAAUGAACUGCAAAAUGAAAAUCCAUCAGUACAGACCGGCUCUUAAAAAGAGUGAAAUGUGAUCAUUUUAAUCAGCACGCAUAGUUACUUUGAACGCCAUGAGGAGAGAUCGUUUUUUUAAGCUCUUUCGAGUCAAGCACUUGUCAUUCAACCUAAGUACCAUCAUCUCUCUCUCGCAUUUGCAGUAGCGGUCCGACUUGAGUCUCGAUGCUACAUUGUCAGUUUACAGUCGUGAAGUGCACUGUUUCAAAUUCUAAGUUGAAAAGUUUACGCCGAAGGGGGAAAAAGGUAAACUGGUCACUGGUAAAAGCAGUCAAAUUUUCUGUUGGCAGUAAUUUAAUAAUCGCCGAUCUUCACCCCCUUUGCCAUUUCACUUUGGACAACAUGUCCAUGUAUCUACUGGGCGAACAAAAAGAAUCAGUCUUUCAACAAGGUCUGUACAUUGAAUGUACAGCACUCAGAGAUCGUUUCAAAAAAAGACUCUGGGCUCACUGGCAACUGUUAAGUCCUCAAUGUUGACUUUUGCGAAGAGCUGCAUUGUUUCAUUUUUGCCACCUCUGUCUUGGAUAAUCUCUGACUUUGUCGGCUAGACAAUAAACACUCAAAUGUUGCUGUUCCCAUUUUUGUAUAAAUGUUCCUUUAAUUCUAGGUAUGGAAAUAAACAUUUUUUGGAACUAAUAUUUCACUGUCUUUUAGGGGAAACUGUUAAGUUUGUUGUCGUUUCUCUUUUCCUCAGCGUCUUGGCAAUGUUCAAGACUCCGAUCACAGUAUAUAUGAAAUAAUGAAAUAGAAAAGAAAACAAACAAAAAACAAACAAACAAAAAAAAAACCCUGUGAUGGUUUUGUAUUUUAUUUUGCCUUGGCUCUUCACAGCUCUUCAGGUUGAAAUACAAUUUGCAUUGGGGAAAUGAAUAAGAUUAUAUAUGAAUAUAUAAAGAACUUAAAAAUAUAGGAAAAUGCACAUACAUGUCAAUUCCUAUGCUUCAACACAUCAAUGUUUGAUUUUUCUGUAUUUCUAGAACUGUAUUUGAAUUCAAUGUUCACUUAGAGUAGGCACUAUAGUAUUUAUAUUGAGGCUCGUAUUUUUAAUUGUUGCUUGUUCUCUCUAAAGGUACCAUACCUUUUUUGGUAGUGGAAAAAAAAAUCCCAAGCUGCCACGGUAUAUUUUUUUAAUUUGGCAGGAUAAUAUAGUGCAAAUUAUUUGUAUGUUUAAAGAGAUAAAAGGAAAAACCUAAUACAAAAAAAAAACAAUAAAACAAAAACAAAAUCGGCUAAAGUAUGUGGCAUUGGGCAGCAUUGUGGGUCAUAUGAUGGCCACUGCUCUUUUCCCUGUCCACAGAGGUCGUUGUACAUAUCUUCUUUGUUUUUUUUUUUUGGUUCUGACCCUCCUUCCAUCCUGCUGCCACUCUUGUAUGCAGUAAUACAAGCUGACAUUGGCCUGUUCUGUUGUGUGCUUCUGUCUCUCUUUCCCUACCUGACAACAUUCCAACAAGUAGAGAGAAAAAAAAAAAACAUCGUAUGCAGUACAAAAAAAAAAAAAGUGUCCAAAUAAAUAUUAAAAAGAAUUCAACGUUUUGCAGAUUUCGUUUUGUUUUUGUUUUUUUUUCAUUGCCAAAUACAAAAUGGUGCUUUCCAUUUAGAUUGGGUACACGUUCAUAUGCCAAGCAUAUUUAAAAUUAACCUGGGAGACGUGGAGAAGCCUGCUUAAGUUAAGAAUUUUUGUCAACGGCAAUGCGGAAUAUUUUGUUAUCAGCCUUUUCUAUUCCUGUUCUGAGAGCUGUUUGUUGUAACUUGAACUUGAACUUUAUCUUUUACAAUGGGAGUUGCUAUUUAUUAUCGCCUAUAUGCUCUGUUCAAAAGAGAGACAUGGGAUGGAUCCUUGUUUUGAUUUAAUUUUAUUUUAUAUAUUUUUGUUUUUGUCAGAGUAUAUCAUUUAUUUUGUAUUUGUGGCCAAUGGUCAUUUGACAAAUCAAGCUCUUUAUUCAUUUCUGUAUAUGGAGUACCUGUUCAGUUGUAUUAAGAAAACCGCUGUCUGUGUUUUCUGACAGAUGUCUGCAUAAUCCUGUUCACACACCCAUUUUGUCCCUUUAUCAAAAAAAAAAAAAAAAAA